GCUGAUCCCACUGACUGCAGAGCCUUCGAGAUCGAUUGCUAAAGGUUGGGUACUUUUGGCACAGUAGAAUUUGAGCCUCUGUGCUUGCCAGAAAUACGUCCCUCCUUCCUCUAUAUGUACUUUUGUACUCACUGAACACUGGGCAGUCCAGCUUUCCAAUUACAGACAACUAGAGCUUGAAGGGACUGGACCUUCCUUCCUGAGACAUCAUGGCCUUGACCCCAGAACUGAGCAGACAAACCAAACUGAAAGAGGUAGCAGGGAUCCCACUGCAGGCUCCAACUGUGGACAACUGGAGGCAGAUUCAGACCUUCGAGGCCAAGCCAGACGACCUCCUCAUUUGUACUUACCCUAAAUCAGGGACAACAUGGAUUCAAGAAAUUGUGGACAUGAUUGAGCAGAAUGGUGAUGUAGAGAAGUGCCGGCGAACCAUCAUUCAACACCGACACCCUUUUAUUGAGUGGGCACGGCCACCCCAACCAUCAGGUGUGGACAAAGCCAAUGAGAUGCCAGCUCCAAGGAUAUUAAGGACCCAUCUUCCCACUCAGCUGCUGCCACCAUCUUUCUGGACAAACAACUGUAAGUUCCUUUAUGUAGCUCGAAAUGCUAAAGACUGCAUGGUUUCCUACUACCACUUCUACAGGAUGAGCCAGGUGCUCCCAGAGCCAGGCACCUGGGAUGAGUAUUUUGAAACCUUCAUCAAUGGAAAAGUAAGUUGGGGAUCCUGGUUUGACCAUGUGAAAGGAUGGUGGGAAAUUCGAGACAAAUAUCAGAUUCUCUUCCUCUUCUAUGAAGAUAUGAAGAGGAACCCAAAGCAUGAAAUCCAGAAGGUGAUGCAGUUUAUGGGCAAGAAUUUGGAUGAAGAUGUGGUGGAUAAAAUAGUCCUGGAGACAUCAUUUGAGAAAAUGAAAGAGAAUCCUAUGACAAAUCGUUCUACGGCCCCCAAAUCUAUCCUGGACCAGUCCAUUUCCCCUUUCAUGAGAAAAGGAACUGUGGGUGAUUGGAAAAACCACUUUACUGUGGCUCAAAAUGAGAGGUUUGAUGAAAUCUAUAAGCAAAAGAUGGGCAGAACCUCUCUGAACUUCUCCAUGGAACUCUGAUCAAGAUGUUGAUCACCAAGAACAGGAGUCUGUCUGCAAGCCUCAAUCCAGCCAAAGGAAGCCCUGAAAGCAAACUGUAAAGGCCAAAGAUUGUGUCUCUGACUCUGUGAUUACUAACAUCACAUUACAACUCAUAAAGGCAGAUCAUGUCCAAUGUAUACUUUGUCCACUAUUCAGUAUAAAUCAGUAAGACAGCUUAAUCAGCUAAUCAAUCAACCAAUCAAUCAAACAACCUUGAAUAGUAUAAAUUUUAUGUUGGCAUUCUUUUAGAAGGUAUAGCCUCGAUUCUAACUCUGAAAUAACUACCCAAAGGGCAAGCAUACAAAUAGAAGGGAUCAUCUAAAUGAAAGUGUAUGAAAUCCUAA